AAAUAAUCAAUUCUUUUUUUCCUCUCUUUCUCAUCCCUUCUUUUCCCUUUUUUUUUUUCCCCUUUCAAGAACCCUAAACCAUCCCAAAUCCAAUUUCUUUUCCCUCUAUGUAUUUUCUGUCCCUUGUUAAAAACUCAACUUGAGAGCUAUCAGUUUUCAAUUUCAGUUAUUUGCAAAAGUAGCCACUUUUAAUCUCUAUUUUGUUAAAAAUGGUGUGAUUUCUGGGUAAAUUGUCAAUUUUUGCAGAGUUGGGUAUUGUUUUAAUAUCUUUGAUCUGCCGGUGAGGAAUUUGUUUGGGGUUCUAAUCCGGCAAUAAACGAAGAAGAAGAAGAAUAAGAGAAAAUUGGAGGCCCCAAAAAUGGCGAAUUUGGACUUGCAAAUGAACCCACAAAUGGAGCAGAUCCAUGGAGAAAUUCGCGAUAAUUUCCGAGCCCUAGCAAAUGGCUUUCAAAAGCUGGAUAAGAUCAAAGAUUCCAACAGACAGAGUAAACAGUUGGAAGAGCUUACAGGGAAGAUGAGAGAAUGUAAAAGGUUAAUUAAAGAGUUUGAUCGUGAAAUUAAAGAUGAGGAGAGUAGAAAUCCUCCUGAGAUCAGCAAACAACUCAAUGAUGAGAAGCAAUCAAUGAUCAAAGAGCUAAACUCAUAUGUGGCCUUGAGAAAAACGUAUAUGAGCAGUCUUGGCAAUAAGAGGGUUGAACUAUUUGACAUGGGAGGUGCAAGUGAACCAACAGCAGAGGAAAAUGUCCAAAUGGCAUCAGCAAUGUCAAAUCAGGAGCUUAUCAGUGCUGGAAAUAAGACAAUGGAUGAAACUGAUCAAGCCAUUGAGCGGUCCAAACAGGUUGUUCACCAAACACUUGAAGUGGGAACACAAACCGCUACUACCUUGAAAGGCCAAACUGAUCAAAUGGGUCGUGUUGUCAAUGAGCUUGACACAAUUCAGUUCUCCAUUAAAAAGGCAUCCCAGCUUGUCAAGGAAAUUGGACGGCAGGUUGCCACGGAUAAAUGCAUCAUGCUUUUCCUCUUCCUCAUUGUCUGUGGUGUAAUUGCCAUAAUUGUUGUGAAGGUUGUGAAUCCCCACAACAAAGACAUAAGGGAUAUCCCUGGACUGGCUCCUCCAGCGCCUUCACGGAGAUUGCUAUAUCUAAAGCCUGGACAAGAUUUCGUGUAAAUCUGUAAGGACGGAUCUAUCCAAUUUUCUAUAUGGUGCCACUGUAAAGAAGUAUCAGAGGAAUGCUAUUCAUGGAGAGCUGUUUGUUUACUGUGAUCUCCUUGCCUGAGUUGUGCAUACCGUAUUUGUUCUGUUGUGCAUUUCUUUUUCUUUUGUUUCCUUUUUUCUAUUAUGUAAAUCAUACACGAUAUUUGUCUUGUAUUCACCUUCUUUUCCAUUUUAUGGUGCAUUGGAUUCAUUCUGUAAACUCUUUGAGUGUAGAAGAGUUGCAAGGAGACGUAGAAAACAACUACUAUACUCAUUUAUGCUAUUUCUUCAUUUAUGUAUGUCCAACACUGCUGUUUUGAGGUCGAUUUAGAUGACCACGUGAAUGAGUUUCGUUUAUUUCUUUA